AACAAGAAACAAAUAUGGCGGACAAAAAGCAAAAAUUUGCGGUAUAAACGAGUUGAGUUUAAUCAUUUUACAAUGUCUAAAAGCGAUAAAGAUAGGUAAGGGCGUCUGCCUAAUAGUCGAGGAAGAUAUAGUUAGAUUGUAAUGCUUACUGCUUACAAUAAAUUAAGUGAUUUUGUUAAAAUUAUGGGUGUUAGGAGUGGCAUGCAUGGUUGGCAAAUCUUCUUUUAUUAUUUCUUCUUUUAUCUUCUUUUAUACUAAAAGAAGAUUUUUUUUAAGCAAAAUUUCUUCUUUUAUCUUCUUUUAGUAUUUUUUAUUUUUUUAUAUUAUAUUUAAUUAUUUAAUUUAAAAGUAGUUUUGUAAAUAUGACAAUAAUAUUUAUUUAAUUAUUUAAAUAACAAAUAUAAUAAGAAAACUGGGAUUCAAUCAUUUUCAUAAUGAAAAUUCCAUUACGUCCACCAGUCUCAAUAGUGAAAUUUAAAAAUUACGUCACAUUGUGACGUCAUCAUCGUAUUUUUUUUCGAAUGUCAACAAUCUUCUUUUAGUACUUAAAAUCUUCUUUUAGUACUAAAAGAAAAAAGAAGAUUUUUUUCUCAUAAAAAUCUUCUUUUAUCCAACCCUGGUGGCAUGACAUGAAUGAAUGAUGGCUCAUGGCCGUUUUUUAUUUAAAGAGUAGCUAGAGAGGUUCAGAUUUUGACAACCGUUAUCAUUAACCAAUCAGAUGUAUUCAUUCUACCAGAGUAACCAAUCGAAUGUGUAUUAAACCUGCCAGGUAGCGCGAUAGUGGAACUGUAGAAGUUAAAUCCAUUGUGUUUUGUGGAAGGCUGGAAGCACUAUUCUCGGGUUAAUUAUUGGGCUGAAAACUGACUUUUCUGGGUUAACUAGACACUAAAUGGCCUGCUAUAGGGUAUGACAGAGAGGGUUAAAGACAUUGCUGACCAAGUCUGUGCAGCAGAACCAAAUCUAUUUGUUGAUGGUCCCUAACCAUUAUUACACAAUCGUUACCCUACCAGAUUACUGGUACACAUCAAAUUUUCCAUGCAGGCAUGCUAUCAUAUAAACUCAAAUGGCCUGUGCCACCAUAGGUAGUGAUAAUAAUACUCGAAAACUGUAGAUUAAGGGGGGUUCAACCACUUGAAAAAUACAAGUAAAACUUCAAUGUUUCUAGCAAGGGCCUUUUGUUGGGAAAUUAGUCAGGGUAGUUAAAUUCCUCUCAAUCUGCAGGUUUCUGAUGCAAUCAUAUGUACUUGACAUUGAUCACUAUAUUGUUUAUGUUGUCAGCAAAAAAGAGAAAUUACGAGCAGCCGUACAAGAACGAGUGGACAAGGAGGAACACGCCUUUCGUCUUGUGGAGAAAAUGGUUUUGUUAGAUUCUGUUGACAAAGAGUUCUUUCUUAAUGCAGUGAGUUAAAAAAAAAAUAGGUUGAAAUGAUUGCAGGCAACAACAGCAGAAAAGAAACAGAUGGCAUGACCCCUGAAUCAACUAUACAAAAACAAUAACAACAGCAAUGAAAAACAAUACCAUCAGGCAACCACAGUAAACAUCAAAAAUCAAAAACAACAAAGAUAACAGCUACAAAAAAUAUUUCUCAAGUUAUAUAUUGUUCACAAGAAUGAUUGUUGAGACACCUACUAGCCAAUUUUUAAAAACAUGUUUUGAAUGUGGUCCUAUAAAUUACCAUAAUAUACUGUAUCGUCUGUAUGGUUUUAAGUGCAUGGUAUAAAUUCUUAAAUGAACCAUUAUUUGAAGAGAAAUUCAACACAAUGUUAAUAUUUAACCCAUUGAGCACCAGCACCCUCCCCUUCAGUAAAAUCAUCUGUCAUUAGACAGAGUAAAAUAAUAAAGUAAGGUGCAAUGCAACUUAGUAGAUUGGGCAUUUAUUACCACAGUUCCGCAUUUAUUACCAUUUCCUUUGUAUUUUUGUCAUAAAUUAUUAAUGGUUUGAGACAGAUAAUUCUUGAAUUGUAUAAUGAUAUAUCCCUAAUUCUUAAAUUUAUUUGUUUAUAAAAAUGAGAAGAAAAGCUACAACCCUGUAAUUCAAUCUUUUACCAGGGUACAUACAUCACAGUCUCUCAAUACAAAGAUGUGACAGAAGAGAGGGCGAUAACUAAACUUUGUGGAUAUCCUUUGUGUAAUAAUCGCAUAACCCAGGUACAUACUUUUUAGUAAUGUCAAACAUGUUUCAGGUGCUUACUGGUUAGAGCGGAAAUUUUUUUUUUUAAUUGCAAAAAAAAACCCUGCCUACUGUAACCUACCUAAGUUUUUGCAAUGAGAAAUAAGAAACCCAGGUAUUUUUUUUUUCCUUUUUGUGUUAUAUUUAUCUUUUAUCUAUUGAUUAUUUUAAGAUCUUGAAGCAGAAAUACAAGAUAUCUGUUAGAGAGAAGAAAGUAUACGACAUAACUGAGAGAAAGGUCCUAUGAAUAUCUGUUCACGUUAUUCAUAAUUCGUGCUUCACUUCAAUAAUAACAACAGCACACAAAACUAACUGCUGACAGUGAUAAUAACAACUGCAACAGAAAAUGAUAACAACAAAAAACAGGCAACAUAAACAACAACUACAACAUAAACAACAACAAUAAAAACAUCACCAACUGGAACAAUAACUAAACAAACUGCAACAAAAACAACUGCAACAACAACAACAACAACACAUCAUCAACGACUGCAACAACAAUAAAAACAACUGCAACAACAAUAAAACAACUGCAACAACAAUAAAACAACUGCAACAACAAUAAAUACAACAGCAAUAACAGCAACAACAACAAUAAAAACAACGGUAACAACAACAAUAAAUAACAACAAAGUCAGCAGCAAUAAUAAUAAUAACAACAAUAUAACAUUAAUUAACUAUAUUUUGACUUAUCCAUUCCAGCAUUUUUGCAAUAACCAGUGCUACAAAGCAUCGAAAUAUUUUGAAUCUCAACUCUCUGCAGAACCUGUUUGGAUGAGGGGAAAAACGUUAGUGCUAAUUGUAUGCUGUUCAAUUCCUAUUUAUCUGUUCGCAUGGUCAUAUACUGUAAGAUACCCUUUGGAUUGUCAAUGUUUUAUUUUCAUCUACGUUUUACUCUUUACUCUUCAGCAAGUUGCCUGGGUUGAAAUUACUUGAAGACAGUGAAGAGUUGACGAAAAAGUAAUUUUACGAUUAUAGUAUAUUAUAGAAAUAAGUUUAAUUUAAAGUAUAUGUUCAGUAUUCUUUUUCCGGCUGAUAAUUUCAGCAAAUAUAGAAUAAAAGUUAUUCCGAAUAAGGAGUGCAUAAUAAUAACACACAAUUUAUAAAAACUCAGUUUUUAUAACUUAUUGAUAUGUUUUCAUUAGUAGCUACAGUAAUUGUAAUUAUCACUCAGAAAACAUCGUUUAUUUUAGAUUAAACAUUUCUAUUUUAUUCUAAAGAUUUUCAGGCUCUGGUGAAGAAGUUCUCAUGAAUGCGCGAAAAAACUGUGAUGAAAACAAACACGCUGGUGUUAAACACGAAGACGUUGAAUAUGAACACGAAGACGUUGAAUAUGAACACGAAGAUGUUGAAUAUGAAAACGACCACAAUGAUGACGAAAACGAACACGUUCAUUUUGAACACGAAAACGAUAAUUGUGAACACGAAGACGUUGAGGGUGAACAUGAAGAUAUCGGUAAUGAACACGAAAACGUUGAUGAUGAACACGAAGAUGUUAAUAAUGAACACGAACAUAUUGAUGAUAAUCACGUAUAUAACAACAUACACAAACUUAUUCGAUUCGAUAAUAGUGAUUUGGGUUGUGUAGUUGAACGUAUUGGAAAUGUUAAAAUUGAUCUUGAUUUUACUGAUUCUGAUGAUGAUGAUGAUGAUGAUGAUAUCGAUAAUAUCUGUGAUGAUCAUUGUGCUGACUAUAAAAAGAAGAUAGAUAAUAACAAAGAAACAAUAACCGAAAAUUCAGAUAGUUGUGUUCAUGAUGAUAUAAGAAGUACUAAAAUGAAAAUAGAAGUAGACUCGAAUAACGAAUCCUCAAAUCAGUCGAAAAAUCAGACUAGAAAUAUCCCUAAAGUAGAAAACCCACAAGUUUCCUCUGACACAAAUUCUGGCGGUCCUGAAUGUACAGAACAAACAGGGAGUGAAAAGGAACAACAGACAAGAAAGCAGUGUGUUGGUAAGGUGCAUCGGGUGUUAGUAGAAUGGUUUAGUGUCGAGACUAAGAAAUAUUUAGCAAACUCUAUCAGGAACACGGAAAGUGGAUUGUUUGAUGAUAUUAAAGAGAGCUAUGGAGCCAUAGAAGAAACGAAGGAUAGUGCGAAGAGUGUAAUGCUUCCUUCUAUCGAUUCCAAAAGUCAAAUGGCGAUACGUGGAAAAAUUGUUUCUGAAAAACUGACAAAAGCGUAAGUGAGAAUGUUAGUUCCGGACUGUUGUCCCCAAAGGUUAAGUAAAGCCCUGGGCAAACUAGGAAACAUUGUUGUGGAAACAUUUGUGAUUCUCGAUGUUUCCUCAAAUGUUUCCCUGUUUGCCCAACCGUGGAAACAUUGUUGCGGAAACAAAAUUUGCUUCCGGAGAAGCAAAAAUGUUUCCUAGCGAAUUCAGAAAUGUUUCCCUAUGUUUCUCACUAAUGUUUCUCACUAAUGUUCCCUAGUGUUUGCCCACUCUGGGAAACAUGGCGAAACAUUGGCAGGAAACAAUGUUUCCGCAACAAUGUGUCCUAGUUUGCCCAGGGCUUAAGGAUCAUCUCUUAUUUGUCCGGUGAUGCUGAGAUUAGUGGCAAUGGAGGUGUGGCAGUGAUUGCACGAGUAACAGGAGAAAAUCUACGUUGUUUGGUAAAGUCAAACUUGCAUUCUUCUCAGACUGCGAACUCCUUCCACACAGAAGUGCAAGACACAGGCAGCAAUCACUGUGUCACCACCAUCCGCUUCAGAUGUAACACCAGCGCAAAGUAUUCAAAACGCUCACAUUUUUUCUUGUUUAGAAUGUCUCCAAUGCUUUCCAAACUUAGUCUCACAAAGGCGGACACGUCAUCUCAACUGAUCUGUAUACUCAAAACAUUUAGGUAUGUUGAUAGUGUUAAUGUAUUAAGGCACGUUGCACUUCGAGUUUUAGGGUGAUUUUCAUCUUCUGAUGGAUGUGAAGGAGUGGAUGAGUUAUAAAUGCUCAGAUGAAGGAACAGGUAAUCAGAACAUUCAUAACUCAUCGACUCAUUCUCAUCCAUCAGAAGAAGAUCCGGCAAAAAUUGCAAUAGUGAUGAUGACGAUGAUGGUGAUGAUAGUGAAAGUGAUGAUGGCAGUUGUAAUGGUGAUGAUGAUGGUAAUGAUAAGGAUGGUGGUUGUAUGAUGAUAAUGAUAAUGAUGGCGAUGACGGUGAUGAUGAUUUAUCUCCGAUAUGUUUCAGGUUCACAAAUACAAACAUUGUUUUGAAACCCUCUGAAUGGACAUUAGUUGCGCUGAUUUUACUUUUAGUGUAAGUAUUCUUCAGCUCUAUUAACUUAACCUCUACUUUCCCUGUUUUACUCUGUAUAGCCAGGUAUGGCUAACUCAACACGGUCUACGUUUUCAGAAGAAAUGUCUUUGCUGGAUAAAGUAUUAACUUCUAACUAACAUCUAUAUUUUUCCAGUCUAGUAAAGUGCAAUCCAUCGUUAAAAAGACAGUUAUCCUCUCGGCAAAAGGACCUUCACUCGUUGCUUAGCAACGCUGUUGAUGACGAAGACGAUGUUGACCGUCUUUUGGGCGUGUUCAAUUUUGAGGAAUGUCCUGAGCCUCCAGUGGUAGAUGGCCAGCAGCAAUUUGAUAUGGAAGAACUUGAUUAAGAAACCAAUGCAAUGAAAGGCCGGUAAGCCGGAUAUAGUUAUAAGGAGUACAGUUCUCAAAUAUGUGUCUGAACUACUGUACCUAAAAAAUGUCUCAAACGUGGGGUCCAGUGUAGGUAUAGUAUUCUAUACAAUAAGCUGUCGUGGUUUGUGUCUGAACUACCUGAAAAAUAUCUCAAACGUGGAGUCCAGUGUAGGUAUAGUAUUCUAUACAAUAAGCUGCUGUGGUUUGUGUCUGAACUAUCUGAAAAAAGAUAUCUAUACGUGUGGUGAUCCAGAGUAGGUAGUAUUCUACAAUAAGCUGCCGUGGUUUGUGUCUGAAAUGUCUGAAUGAUUUUAAUUGAUGAAAAGUAGAGGUGUCCACUACAGGGAGUAAUAAAAACACAAUAACGGAUUUUCGACGCUUGCAGCUGCUCGUGGAGAUAAAUUUGAAACAAAUCAACAAAUAAAGUAAUUAAAAUGAGAUUGUGAUAUGGAUAUAAUAUGUAAACCUUGACAGCUUCAUAUCGGAAUGAAGAGAUUUUGGUUAUGUCCUUUAAGGAACGCAACUUGCACUAUGUAAAGACCCAUACAAACGAGUAUGUUUUACUUGAUAAGUUUUAUUUGCUCAAAAAAUGACAAUUUUUUUCUUACCAAGGUCAAGGAGCCUUGUUCCAAAGCUCUAUAGUCAUGCCAGGUUUUGGCCAAGGAAAAUUUGUUCGUGUUUACGGUCGCCAAGGAAAACGUGACAAGUGUACAAAAAAUACUUCUAUAGUUUUGGUAAUCAUGAAAAUGCGGCCUUGACGUGCAUAGAUAAAUGUUUAACAACAUUCUGUGCAAUGAGCAACAAAACUUGUUAUGGAAACCUUGUUGACCGUACACACGAGAAAGUAAACUUGUCAAGGAAAACGUGUUUGCAGGCCUUAAAAUAUCGGUCGGUCACGGACAUUGUCCGACUCAUUCGUGAAAUUGUCCGACGUAGAGAGGAAACCACCGGACAUUCUGUCCGACCAAAGUGAAACUGACGUUUAAUGCUUGUCUGACCUGAGUGUAUUUGUGUCUGACUGAAGUGUAGCUUUGUCCAAUGCAUGUAAAUCAAAAUGUACCCUAUCCUGGGACUAGAAGCUCAUAUGUUAGAUGGAAAAUCAGAGUACUAUUGCAUGUAUAAAAGGUGAACUGGAAAUUUGUUUUAACGUAGUCGAGCGCGGGGCUGGGAGCGAAAUGCAUGGUGAAGUGGAAAACGGGCUUAAGUUGUCUAAGUCUUUUACUGGCUUGGAAAUAAGUAUGAAAGAAACAAAUUAUUUAAUAUCUUCACAACAUUUACCGUUCAGAAUUAAUACAUUCUGCUGAUAAUCAUUUGAGUCGGCAUUCAGACUUAUUUCCGAGUCAAAACUGAACUGAAGGUCAUCGGACAUAUGUCCGCCCCAAACUCAACGUCAUCGGACAUUUUGUCAUACGGCCCUGUAAAAGAUAUUUUAAGGCAUGUUUGUCUAUAGGGGACUUAACAAAAGGAUGCAGUCUGAGGACAAAUGUCAGAUAAUCACAUAUUAUAGAAAAAAGAUGCCUAACAGUGCAUAUACAUGCGCUAAAUAUUCAG